AUGCCUGCUUGCAUGCAGGAAAGCGUCAGCCCCUUGGGGACGGCAUUGGGGGGCCUGCUAAAGGGGUCAGCAGCACUACAGAUUGUUACUGAGCUGGUGAUGUGGCUGAGUCCUUAUGUGCCAUGUUUAACACCUGGCUCCUACUCACGUGGGUGGGCCAUGUUCCAAGCCUGCUCGUGAACAGGGCGGCAGGCGAUGGUCAGGCUGAAGCAGGUUCUAAGAUGGCUCUUCUCCCAGCCGGGCCACUCCUCCCUCCUAUCCCUCCGGGUGGGAGAACAUCCCACACCCCCCGUGCCAUGUGAUGAACGUCCCCAGUCCUCUGCCACUCGCUCCGGCAGCUUGGGCAGGAGGGGACAGCAGCCGAGACUUGUCCUCAGUGCACUGCCCGAAGCCUGGCUGGCCAGCGUGGCUGCGUGGAAGCACUCAGCCCCUCUGAAGGGGGCAGUUGGGAGCAGGGUACUGCUCAGUGUGGGUCUGUCUGUGGACUGUGGGUGGAGCGAGACACAGCCACUGGUUUGCAGGCCCCAGGAGCUCCUGUGAGACAUCUGGCUGCGCCCCAGCCCCGUAAGUCAGCACCGCCCCAGUCGUGUGACUUUUGCUACAAGCCAGACUGGUGAAUGGCUGGUGCCUUGCGCUGCCAGCGAGGACGUCCAGGGGCUGAAGCCCCAGUCUGGUCUCACGCCUCAUGCCAGCAGGGGCUGGGCAAGCUGCCACAGCCAGGGGAAAUUAGCAAAGGCCGGGCCAGGAAAGGAAUUUGUUUCCAGUACCAGAUAUGAUGUGUGCAGGAGCGGAGAAUCCAGCCAGCAGAGGCUGCGUCUUGUCUCUGCCUUUUCCAGGCAGAGGAAUGGCUGGCCAGUCCUCUCCAAAAAACCCAUCCUGGUUAUUGGGCCCCCCAGUCACAGACAGCAUCUGAACCAGUCAUUGGGGCCAUACCUUGAGCCCAGGAUGUGGCUGGGCUCACACAGUGGUGACUUAAUGUGCAUGGGAAAUGGAAAAAGGCCAUAGCAGGUUUGCAGAAGGCCAGCACUGGAUUCUGAAAUAGCACCGGGGCGGGCUGAGAUUCAAAACCUGCUGCAUAUCUAGGGCAAAGGGCGGUGAGCCUGCAGCCCUGCUCUUCUGUCCCACAUGCAUUUGUUUUCCCUUCCCCAUUAAGCCCCCUUCUGACCUUGGCAGAGAUCAGCUCUCACAGUACGUAUCAGAGACCAGAGAGGGGCUGCUUUCCCCCGCUGGUGUGACCUGGACUCCAAGGCCUGGGGCCACACUCAGAGCUGAUGUCAGUGACGCUGCUCCACCGGCUGCGUUAAACCAGCUCUAACUCCACGAAGCCAGCGGCAUGGCAUCUGCUUGCACCAGCUCGGAGGAUGGCUCUCGCGGGGGUUCGUUUGCCUACAGGACUCGUGUCACUGGCAAGCUGCGGCUCUACAGAGCUGAACUUCUUGAGGGCCUAAGCCUGGGAGCGGGGAGUGCCUGCUGAGGCCCCAGGAUCAGGGCCCAAGGAGAAUACCAGAACCACUCCCACUGUACACAGCUGCUAAAGCAGGUCUGGUGGCUGGCUGGGCUGUGGGAAGCGGGCGGUGCGAUUAACUGUGAAGCCCUCAUGGUUUCCUGUGUGCUGACACAGAGCCUGUUUGCCUUCCCAUUGUUACUCACCCCACAACUCAAGCCUGCUUCUGCAAGAGGCCGUGAAGAUGUGCGGCCGCUGAGCUCUCUGACGGUGGGCACAGCAUUUCCACUCGCCACCCCGUCCCCGGAGCCACGAGACCAGGGUCUCGAUGUGCCGGCCAGAGUGAGCUCUGCGUGAAGUGGAUUUCUGAAGUGGCUCCAGAUCGUGGUGAAAGGAUGGCUGGGCCCCAUCCGCCCUCCUUCACUGCCGCCCUGGGACUGGCAUUGCUCGGUGUCCUGGUCUUCCUCUCAGCCCUGUGUGCUGCCUGCAGAAGGAAAGCUAGGAAGAAGGUGGUCCCACCGGACGGGGUGAAGCUGGUAGAUGUGUCGUUGCUGAGGCAGAUGCAGCUCCGAUCACUCAGUAAAUCGGACACCAAACUGCAUGAGCUCAACAGGGUGAAGCACGUGGAUGAGCACCAAAGACCAGCCAGCGUGGAUUUCCUUUACCCAUCAGGGUCUUUGGGGGAUGGAGAAGGAGCUGCGUAUAGCUCGAGCUUCAGCAUCCUGCUGCACCGAGAACUGCCCCAGAUCCCCCAUUCCAACCCGUCGGCUGAUGCCCUGAGUCCUGACCAGACUUACUCAAACCUGUUCUUCUCAGCCCCGCUGAAACCAGCCCCGGAGGUGCUGUACGAGUGUGCGGCCGUGACUCAGGAAGGUCCUCAACCAAUGCCCGUCUUGGGAAGCCCAGUGGAGGCGUCCCCUCUCAGUGAGGCGGACAAGGCAGUGACGGCUGAGUACGCCUGCAUCCGCAAGGCGAAGAAGAAUUUCCAGCCAGAGCUCCAGGACGAGACACAGAGUGAAUCCUCCGUGGGGCCUGCAGACACAGAAGGCUGGGAAGGAGCUGCCUGUAACCCCCCAGCGGUGAAGGUAGAAGAAAUGUACUCGACGGUGUGCAAAGCUGGCAAGAAGAAGAAACACCAAGGCUCUGCUCCGUCCCUCUCUGAAGGAAUGGACCCUGGGGAGACGGGCCAAGGAGAACAGGGGUGGCCAGCUGCCCAUCUUGGAGAUGUCAGGGCGGGGUAUCAGUCCACACCAGGCCGAGUCUCACGCACUGAGCCCUGCUAUGAGUCUAUCAGUGUUGGAUCCUGGACUGAGCACAGCAGGAACCCAUCCCCAGAACCAGCCUACGAGGCAGUAGAUGUCAACUGGAAAAAGCCCAAGAAAAGGGACAAGUCUACCAAGAACUGCCCUGCUGAGAACUUGUAUGAAAGCAUCAGCGAAAUGUGGGAAGGGGACGCUAGGACCACAACUGCCCUGAUGGCUCCCAAUGGUUUGGAGAUAUACAUGACAGACUUAUAACCCCUUAUGCAUAGCUGGCCCCUUCCAGGGACGAUCUGUGCUCCUCCACCGAGACCUCCAGCUGUCUCAGAUCUCAGCCACGUGGCGAGGCACAGCAAGAACAUCCAACACCACAACGGUAAAUACUAAAAACAUCAACCCGCUCUAAAUCCUCCUGCCUCAGGUCUCAGGCCAACCUGUCACUCAUGGGAGUUUCCCUGUGGGCCAGGUAUCCCAUUGCUCCUUCUGCAGAAAUCCUUGCACCUUCCUCUGAAGCAGCUGGCGCUGGGCACUGUCUGAGGCAGUUCGCUGGGCUACAUGGACCUAUGGUGACCUGAAAACUACAGGCAAAAGAACUGAGUAAUUCUAAUAGGUGCCCACUGGGGUUUGGCAUUGCUUGGGGGCUGUGCCCAUUCUAGGAGCACAGACACCCAGGUCAGGUACCUCUCUUGCCUGAGUCUUUCUGCAGGGUCCAGUGAAGCUGGGCACAGAAACCUAGUUAAGGAAAGGGGCAGCUGAGUUAAUAAAGAGAACUCUCCCAUAUGUAUUUUAAUCCUGUUGUUCUGAAUUUCUGCAUCUGUCCCAGCCAGCAGGCUAACAAUGCAGCAACUGAGAUACCCAGAAACAGGAUGGUUUUUAUUGCCUGAGAAUGCACAUUUAAUGGGAUAACAUUGCCAGUUUGUUCCAGUUGAGACGGUGAGGGUUUCCUGUCCAGGUCCUUGGAGCUCUCAUUAUCAGCCUGAGCUGCCCAGGGCUAUAACAGUUCGGGGGUAGCUAAACGAGGCAAACGUUGGCCAGACUUCUGAGUCAGGCUGGAGGGUGCAGGCCACAGGCUCUGGAGGGGCAAAAGGAGAGGACAGGAAAUUGAGGCAGUGCAGUGAAUGGGUGGAGCUCGACAUUUGGGGCUGAAUGCAUAGCAGGUAGAGCAGAUUUGGAGCCAGAGAGCUUUGUGUACGUGCAUGGCCUGGGGGCAGGGGGAAAAGGGUGGCUCUAAGCCACCUGUACACCUCCUCCAUCCUUGGGCUGAGCAGGGCCCUUUCGGCCCCUAGCCAAAACAGUACCAGCAGGAACGGUCCUCCAGGUCCUGUUACGCUGCCCAGGGACUGCCACUUUGGCCACAGCCCUUCCUGCUGCCAGCCUUCCCUGGUGGUGGCUGAGAACGGGCUAUGCCCUUCUUACGCCACCCUGGGAUUCUCCAGCGUCAGGGGAGUCCCCAGGUGCACUGCUUGUUCUGCGAGAGCCAUGCAUGCCAGACAGACAGAGGGCUGCACAUCUGGCCCAGAACGCCCAUGUGCUAAGCUUGGGAGUUAUCGUUGGGGCCCCGCUAACUGGUUACGCGGAGUAACUGGCUCCUCUAGUGCUUGGAAUAUUGAAGAGUCCAGAGACAAAUUAGCAAAAUAAGGACUGUUUAUUAAGAGAGAGAAUUUCUGCAGAACUGCACGGCUGAGCUGGAGUGAGGGCUAACGCCUGCCCUAUGUGGAUCUAGGAAUCUCCUCUCCUCACUAACCAACGUAUUAACACAAGGAACCCACGCUGGCUGACAAUACCCUGAGAACCCCAGACACUGGUGCUUGCUGCUUGGGGAAACUAGGGCUGUGUACAAAUUAACCCUUUCGUGGUGGGGACGGACGGACACACACACACACACACACACUACAGCUGCCUUGCCUUAGGCUGGGUCUACACUCAAAAGUUAAAUCGACCCAGCUGUGUCGCUCAGGGCGUGAAAGAUCCCACAUCCCCUCGCAACGGAGUAAAACUGUCCUAGCCCCUGGCGUAGACAGCGCUCGAUCAAUGGGAGGGUUCUUCCGUCAGCUCGCUACCGCCGCUUGGGGGAACUUCGCUGAUGGGAGGACCCCUCCCCCCGCUGUCAUGAGCGUCUACACAGAAGCAUUUCCAGUGUAAGGAAACCCGCAGUCCAGCAAAGGAGGAGAGAAUUGAGGACUCUGCCCCAGGGCGCCUCAGAAAUGGUGCUUCUGCACAGAAAGCAAGUCAGGCCUCGUCUCCGCUGGGAUUCCAGCCACUGGUGCUGCCGCACUAAUGCGGCUCUGAUUUGCCCGCUGGCACGGCUUACCUACAAGGAAACUGUUCAAAUCAUGCAGCGCCGGGGACAAGCGUGCUUGGGGGCUUCCACCACUGACUGAAAUCCCAGCGGAGACGAGGACUGCGUUCCAGAGAGCUUGACGAGCUCUGCUGUUCAAAAUGCGUGCUGUGUAUGUAGCGUUUCUGUGUAACGUAGCACCCUUGUAAAGCCCUUACCCUGUAACAGAAAUCACAAACCUCCAUGCACUGCUUUGAUAGUUUGGAAGGUAACUUUGGGAGGCAGUGUUGCCUAGUGAGGAGAGCACUGAAGUGGGACUCAGAAGAGAUGUGGGUUCUGUUCCUGGCUCUUCCACUGACCUGCUGGGUGACUAUGGGCAAGUCCCGUCGCUGAUCUGUGCCUCAGUUUCCCCAUCUGUAAAAUGGGGAUAAUGAUAUUGAUUUCCUUUGUAAAGUGCUUUGAGAUCUACUGAUGAUCAGAUUCAGGGAUUACUGUUUUUCUUCUAGAUGUCUCCUGCUGGCUGUUGAAGGUCUGGAAGCCUGCAGCCCCCUGCAGUUUCCUAUCACUAUAAUAACACAAUAAUAUCAUUAAAGGGCUGAGAGUGUUUUUAUA